AUGUCGGCAGCUGCUAUCCUUUAUUCUUUUACACAAAAUUUAUUUAAAUAUGGUGGUUCCAUAAUUGUAGUAGUCGGUACUGUAGGUUGUAUAUUGAACUUGAUGGUUUUUACACAGAGUACGCUACGAAAAAAUCCAUGUGGAAUAUACUUCACCGCAGUUAACAGUAUUAAUCUUGCUUCCCUUUAUGUGGGUCUUUUACUUCUAAUAUUAGAUUCAGGCUAUAACAUUAAUCUAUUUGAAACCAACUUAUUUGUCUGUCGGUUCCGUUAUUAUUUUGGUUUCGUUUUAGCAUGCUGGGAAUCAUCUUGUCUUAUCUUAGCUUCGAUUGAUCGAACAUUCAUCACCUCGCGAAAUGCUGCAACACGAAAGCAUGGCACACGUCGAUUAUCUAUUAUCUGCAUUGUUUUCGUAUGCUUAUUUUGGGCAAUUGUUCACAUUCACGCAUUGAUUCAUAUGAUCAUUCGCCAAUUUGGACCGAAUUAUUUUCUUUGCUAUUAUGAAUCAGGUAUGUAUACAACAUUCGUUACAUACUAUUCAGUUUUAAUCAAUGGAGUAUUUCCACCUACUCUUAUGCUUAUAUUUGGAUUUUGGACAGUGAAAAAUGUUCGUGCAAUUGGUCAUGCUACACUAUCUUCUGUUGCGAGCAGGUCAGCUGUUGUGUCAGUUGGUAGACCACAAAUACUUCAAUCAAAAGAUCAACAACUGAUUCGAAUGUUACUUGUGGAAAUUACCACUUAUAUCCUUUGUAAAACUCCGGUUCUAGUUUUUUAUAUUUAUCAAGAAAUUACUCGUUACAAUGUAAAAAGUGUAGAACAAGGAUUGAUUGAACAAUGUGUCUUGCUUUUAACGUACUUUUAUAUUUUGUCGACAACGGUAUUGGUUUCUAUGCAAAUAUAUCGGUAUCAAAAACGUUUCGCUCAGAACUAA